GCUCGAGCUUCAUGCACCUGAUUUGCCAUUCGUCAUGCACCGGUGAGCAUUUGACACGAAAGGAUUUCCCUUUUUUCCUUUUUUGGCCCUGCUAUUUAGUGUUUUAGCUUUACUACAGUUUAGUUUUUUUUUUUGUACUUUUGGGGUCAUUAGGCACUUGCGGGAUUCUCCUGUCCACUAGUUAAAUUAUGUUCUCGAGCAGCCAUUUGAGAUCAGCAUAUGGUGCUCUCCUCGGAAAGAGAGAGGGAAAGGGGCUGCCAUGAUCUCAGGACGAUCAUGUUUUCGUGACACCUGAACAGACAAGGCGGAGAACUUCGGGCUGGCCUCGAUCAUGCAUGGGUCCUUUUCAUCCGGUGUGCGGGAAAUGUAUCACCGAUGGUAGGUUGACAACUCUCUCCACAUACACUGACAUCUCUAAUGAUUGGCAUGUUACAUAGUACCGUACUACUGUUUUGUUUAGUUUGUCUUUAUCAUAAAGUUAGUGGCUGUCCGAUGAAGUUACUGUCGCGAGGCAUGAAAACCGCGGGUUAUCCUACUUUUCAAAAUAAAUAAACAUCCUACUACUACUGUUUUGUUGUGCUUGUGUUGUGUUCUGAGACAAGAAAAUCUACACUAGUGAGCAGGCGCAUCACUUAAUCCUGAUUCCAUCUAUCAGCACCUCUAACCAUUCUCCUCUUUUCGGCACUAACCAAAGAUCUGACCAAAACCGACAGCAUCGGUACUGCCACUGUUCUCAGUGCAGAUCUAGCAGGGGCACCGUAAGCAACAUCCAUCCACGCCCUACAUACACGAUACACCUGUGUGGAUUCAGAGCCGCCUAGUGCAUGUAAAAUUCCACGCGCCCACUGCUGCCUCAGGUGGAGCUGUCUCAUAAGGAUAUGUACGAGUGCACUGUAUCACAGUGACAUCCCCAUGCAUCAGGUGCUAGCCACUUCAUCACCAUCACCGCAGCUAUAUAUCCCACGGCACCACCGCCUUUAUAAAGACAGGCUCGACCUGCACUUGGCGUUCUUCUUCGACUCGAUCAGUUCUUCUGGAGUGAAACCUGAUCAGCUCGGGCUAUAGGCUUGGGCAUGGCUGGAGGAGGUGAGACGAUGGGGCUGGGAGGGCUGUGGAGGAGGUACGCGCCGCACAACAUGAUGAUCAUGGUGCAGCUCUGCUACACCCUCAUGUACUUCGUCACCGAGGCCGCCUUCAACCGCGGCCUCAACCCCUACGUCUACGUCACCUACCGCCACCUCCUCGUCGCCCUCCUCCUCUGGCCCUUCGCCUACUACCACGAGAAGAAGCUGAGGCCCAAGAUGACCUGGAUGCUGUUCCUGGAGAUCUUCGUGCUCUCGCUUCUGGGGGUGAGCUUGACCCUGAACAUGUACUUCGCGAGCCUCAAGUACACGUCCCCGACCUUCGUCACCUCCAUGGUCAACACCGUCGCCUCCAUCACCUUCGUCAUCGCCAUCGCGCUCCGGAUGGAGAUCGUGGACCUGCGCAGCGCGCGGGGGCUCGCCAAGGUGGCCGGCACCGCGGUGUCCUUCGCGGGGGUCACCACCAUGACGCUCUACAAGGGCGCGGCCAUCGCGAGCCCCUGGAGGGCGCCCGUGCGCAUCCCCGGCGCCGGCGGCGACGCCCCGCACGACGCCUGGCUCAAGGGGUCCCUCCUUGCCGUCGCCAGCUGCGUGUGCUGGUCCGUCUGGUACAUCAUGCAGGCCACGUCCGUGAAGCGCUACCCGGCGGAGCUGUCGCUGACGGCGUGGAUGGCCACCGUGGGCGGCGCCCAGUCGGCGGCCUUCGCGGUGCUGCUGCAGCACGAGAGGCGGGACUGGCUCGUCGGCUUCGGCCUCAACUUCUGGUGCAUCAUCUACUCCGGGCUCGCGUGCAGCGGGUUCACGGUGUUCGCGCAGCUGUGGUGCACGGAGAAGAAGGGGCCCGUGUUCGUCACCAUGUUCAACCCGGUGUCCACCAUCAUGGUGGCCAUCCUCGCCUACUUCAUCUUCGGCGAGAACCUAUACGUCGGAAGCAUAAUCGGGGGAGUGGUGGUCAUCCUGGGCCUCUACAUGCUGCUCUGGGGCAAGGACAAGGACCAGGAGUACAACAACGCAGGAGCAGCGGCGAGCGGCGAGGAGCAGGCCGGCGAGCCCGGUCUGGACUGCGAGAAGCAGCGACAGGAGGAACAAGAGGAGACCAAGACGAUGAAGUAGGAUAGGAGGAGGGGUCAGAAUUGCCUGCCAUCCGUGUGCAUGCCCAGCGCCGGUCCUGGAGUUUCGGAGGCCCCGGGGCGAACUCAAAUGAAUGGGCCCAAUGACAGCAUUGGAGGGAAAAAAAUAUUCCAUACUUUGAUAAAAAAUAUAUUGCAAAGCUAUAAUAAACAACGGUAAUUUUUCUUGGUAAA